UAUAUGUCCUCUCGAUAUAAUUCUGUACUGUUUUGAUGACAGGGAACACAACGCUACAAUGGGGAACGGAUGGUCUUCUCAAGAUUACUUUGAUCGACUACAAAUACAGUUGGAGAAACAAGCCAGAGAAUCACGGGCAUUUCGGGAGCAAUUACACGGUCUAGAACAGAUAGUCCUACAGAAAACGCAAGAACAAUUUAAAGCUCGGGUCAUUGGUGCAGCAGUGGGUGGUGGAGCAUUCCUGUUUCUGGUUUAUAUGAUGCAAAAAAAGUCCUUCCCAAGUGAGAGACCUUGUACGUAUAAUUUUCCUCUUUUAACCCAGUUAUCGUUUAUUAAAAUGCAAAGUGAAGAUAACGAACAAUGACCAAUCUCAUAACUCCGAGGGACAUCAACCGAUCUGUAGGAGCCUGCGUCCCUUAUAAACUCCACAGAGUGGUACCUUUUUAUACUGGGCGACCAUUCUCUCACCAGAGGGCGCGCUACGCAAGCUUCACUUUCACCUCUGUUAUCGUCUGAUAAAUAGUUCGGCUAACCACAUGAUCUCGCACGGACAAAAUGACGUCUUUGACUCGAACAGAAAGGUACGUUUCUGUUCUUUGUGCAAUGUCAGAUUUUCAUCAUUAUAAUCUCGCUAGUUUUUUUUUUAAUGUAGAGUCCAUAGUUACGAAGUGAAAAUGAAAUAAUACAUUUGACAAGACAAAAUAGUUCCAUAAAUAUGGAGGUUGCACAAACGUAAUGCAGCGUUUCGAUACCUACCAAUGUGUUUUUAACUCAUAAAUGUAUGCUUUAUUUAUGAAAAUGAUGCAGAUUUAUUUCAUUUUCAAAGACGCUCUGUUUUACAAAAUUCUUGUA